CCCCUGGGCAGCGGCCUGUGCCCUGAGAGGGCGCUCCGGGCCGCUCCCCUCUCCGCCUGCGGGGCUGAAGGGCUGCCACGUAGGUAAGCGCCAGGUCUGUUACGGCGCGAGCUGCGGGCUGCUGCUGCUGCUGCUGCAGCACCAGCGGCAGCGUCCCGGCCGCCAGCUCUAGCUCCAUUUUAAAAACAGGGUGAGAAUGAAUGCCACGUAGUUCAGAGCACAUGCAUUUGCCUCCCCGUUUCUGCUUAAAGCACGCUAGGACAGGAGCCUUGGCUAGGUUCACCUAAAGUAAAGAGGAAUUGGGUUGAAAUGAGCGAAUGGUAAGUCGUCGCAUCUGCAAUAUGCCUGGCCGGUGUCUCAGUCGAAGUUCUUUUGCUGCGCCACUUCCCCUUCCCCGGGCCGGUCCAGAAAACCGCACAACUAAGAUCGUCAGCAAAUGCUGGGGCAGCCCUCUUAUCUUGAAUAUGGCUCUCACUACUGGAAUUCAUCUCCUAGACCUGAUUAUCCAAGUCCAUUUCCUGUUGGACCAGAUGUCCAAAGCCAGGGAAUUGAGUCUUCCUACACAAAUGGUGCUUAUGGCACUCCAUAUUCGGCUUCUGCGACUAGGCCACCAUAUUCCAAUCUCUCGCAACCGAACUCCUACUAUUCUUCAGGGCAUCCGCAUGCCCCUUAUUCCACGGAAUCUCCUAGCGUAUAUAGAUUUCCAUCAGCAACUUCCAACUGGAAUUACCCCCCAUCAGACUGCCCAGAUGAAGGCUCCAUGGUGAGGAGGCAAAUGCCAGGAUACCCUUCCCCACAGACCUCAGGUUUUCCAGUCCCACCGUAUCCAUAUGGUGACUGCAAUCACAGCAUUCCACAGGAGAGGCCCCCACCACCGCAGCCCAGACUUCAGGAUACAACUUGGCGAUCACCUGGGGUUUUUGGAAUGCAACCUCCCUAUGGCUGGUCUCCUGCCGCAGCUGGGCAUGGGGAUAGAUAUGUUGCAGAAUCUUCCCCACCAUGGUCUCCCAGUGGGACAUCUCUUCCACAACCUUCAAGUAACAACGCAAAGGAUUCUUAUAACCAGUUGGAACAAGGAACUAACCAGCAUAGUUACUAUCCUGAAGCCAAUCACUUGCCUUCUGGGACCAUGAAUGACUACAAGCCAACACAGCUUGAUGCUAAGCCAUCUGCUUCCAACUCUAAAGUGCAGUAUAGUGCACAGCCCCAGCUGUAUGAUAAUGUACUCAGAAAACAGUCUGUGACUGACAAUGGACCAGGUCCUAAAAGUAGUGUGCAGCUUCCAUCAGAGGCAUCAGAUGUGCAUCCAGGAAUACAAAAGGUUAUGAAAGUCAUGGAAGGGGUUGAACAAUUGGAGGAAGAGGUAGAUGAAUUUGUAGGAAAAAAGACAGACAAAGACUACUGCUUGCUGGAGGAAAUGCUGACCAAGAAAUUGUUGGAGCUGGACUCUAUAGAGACAGGUGGUCAGGACAAUGUACGCCAGGUAAGAAAAGAGGCUGUUCACAGAAUCCAGGCCACACUGGAAGAAUUGGAAAGAAAGGGGCUUUAAGUAACAGUCCUAAGAACCAGUCUUGGAAUGCCCAAAGUUCUCUGGAUUUCCAUGACCAUUCAAAACAAUAAAAGGUUCCUUUCAUUUUGAUUUUGAAAGAACAGACGUGGUAAGACUAAUGAAGAAGUUGGACCCAAAGACAUAGUCUGGUCAUUCUGUCAGUGAAUAUAGAGGAAGAUGAAAUGUGGAUUCUUGGUUAUUUGAAGGCUUUGGCUGUAGUAGCUUCCAUGGAUAUCUGCAUGUUUUUUCAUGGAGGAAAAUAAUUAACUAAAGGGACUUUUUAAUACCAAAAUUUGUGCCUCCAAAGAGAUCUUUUGGAGCACCAACAUCUUCAACAGCUGAGCUACAUGUUAAAUUCUUUAAGGUACAAAUGCAUUCAGUUGAAAUGCUGUGCCAGUAAAGUCAAGAAUUCAGUCUCAUUAGCUGCUCUUUUCGUGUAUUAUUUACAGAUCCCUCCUUCCUUGUCAUAAAAAUUGUGUUUUGGGUACAUUCUAUAACAUGCAACUACACUGAUCAGUCAAUCAGAGUAAAUAAAUUCUUCAUGCUAUUCCCUUUCCCCACUCCAUAUCAUGCAGGUAUAGUCCACAAUUUUUGAGGUAAAUAGAAGAUGCUUUAACUGCUGCUGCAUGCAAGUGACAGACUGAGUGUAAGACUUUGGGGCUAAGGAUGUUUGGGGACAGAUGCACUUAACUGUGAUGUCAUUUCCUAUGUUGCAAUUACUUGUACUCCACUUUAAUCAAUUUUCUGCUGAUCCUGUAUCAUCAGCUCUGCUGUCUCUAGAGGGCAGGCAAGGCUAGUACUGUAAAUCUCAAGUAGUCCUUGUUUCAAAAGGCAAGUAAUAAAUGUUUUGAGUUUUAAAAAUAGUGCUUAUGACAAGAGUUAAGAACAAUAUUGGUACACAGAUAAUUUAAAAUGAUAAAUUGGGUAUUACAACUAUGUUAAGUGGCAAACUUCAUAGGAUAUAGGAAAUGUGUAUAUAAUGAAUGACACUGGAUUGCAGCUCUGGUAUACUGUGGUUCUUUCCACUUUCCUGUGGCCUGAUGCUUGGACUAUCUUUGACAGAAGGAUAUAUCUUUAAUUCUUAACCAUUAUCUUUUUGAUCAUCCAUGAAUUUGUACAGUUUUCUUUAUAGUCUACUUAUAUUGUUGAUUCUCACCUUAUCAUGCGCUAGCGAGUUCACAAAACAUUAGAUUUGUUGGUAUUCUAUAUUUAAAAAUUUGUAUGGCAGAAUUUAUAUUUUAAAAUAGCAAGCAUAUUAGCUUGUCAACAAUUCAUAAAACAGUGAAAGCAAAAACAAAACAAAUUACAAAGGCAUGAAAAUAUUAAUACAAUGUAGCAGUUAAUGAAACUUGAGCAGCAGAAAACCAAAUCUAAGCUGAUGAGCAUAAUUAAACUUCUAAAAAAUAAAACCUAGCUAGGUUCUUUAGCAAAACAACCUGUGUCUACUGCUAGUAACACAGGUAAAUGUACCCAUUCAGAUGUGUUGCCUUCUUUUUUCUUUUGCUGUUUUAAGGAGUCCCUUCAAAGCAAAGGAAACCAUUUUAGAAUCUACAUAGAAAGGUUUUAAUCCAAACAAUGUCUUACUAACAUUUUCAAUUCUUGCUCCAUUUUUAAAUGACACGUCUGAAACAGUAUGGUAUAUGGAAGUAUACGCUGUCCUUCAUUAAAAACAAACAGCUAAAACCUU